AUGAUAUCUCAUGACGAGAUAAAAGUCGAAGUAGUACCGAUAAAUGGAGAAAGAAUUGAAGGGAAAGAAGAAACUGUUGUUUUUAUUGAACAGUUUGUUAAACAUGUGUGUGAUUUUAGUUCUCAGUAUGGAAGUAAUAUUAGCAUUUCAUAUACAGCCUACAAUAUUGCUGGAAAUCCCAGUAAAUUUCCAGAUUAUGGAGAUUUUCCACAAGCUUUUGUUAUGAAAAUAUUUUUAACUUAUUGGAACAUUAUAAUGUAAUAUAUUUCAUACCAUGAAUUCUUAUGAUAUAUGAAAAAUGAAAAUAAAUUACAAUAUUUCUUAUAUUAUCAAGAUCUAGAAUAUUAUCAAGAGGUAUAUCCUAUUAGAGUCUCAAUAUAUGAAACUUAUAAUCCUGGAAGUGUAGUUGGAAUUUGGGCUCAAAAUUCUGAAGGCAAAUGGUAUCAAUUAUGGAGUGGAUUUCCUCAAGUGGUGCCACACAAGCCACGAAUAUUUUCUCCAAAUUUGCAGCUAUGUAAUUUUAAAACAAAAAUGAUAAGACUGGAAUUUAAUCAUAGUUUAUUAGAUUAUUAUACAGAGUUAGAUGCUGUAUUAUUUAUUGGCACAUCAGAAUUAAUUGUACCUAAUAAUUUACAUAAUCAAACUUUAAAUGAACUUGCACAAGAAUUGGGUUAUAUUAAACAAAGUAAUAAUGAUAUUUAUAAUCUAACACCAGAGUAUUUGAAAGCAAAUCAAGAUUUAACAAUUCUUAAAAGGACACUUUCAAAACACUGUAAGCUUUUUAAAAGUAAAGUAAUAGAUAAUAUAUCCAAGAGCAAGUUAGUAUCCAAAAUAGGUCAACACUACCAAUCUGUCCCUCCUAUCGAAGAAGCAUUCAAUAGUUUGCAACAAUUUCUACAAGAAGAUUUUCCAAAACUUAUUAGAGAUAUUCAUCAUUCAAUACCAAAUGCAUUAAAUGAACAAGAUAACUCUCCACAGGAAAGGUUUUUAAUGCCUUUAACUGAUUCUGAAAAUCAACCAUGUGGCAGUUUUUCAGCACUUCCAGAUGAAACAGUACUAAAAAUUUUAAAAAAUUUAGAUUUAAAAUCAUUAUGUCAUUUAAGCAGAGUAAAUAGACACUUUAAUAAUAUUACAAGAGAUGCUUUAUUAUAUACAAGCCUUAAUUUAAAACCUUACUGGCAUUGUUUAGACACAUCUGCAUUAAAUUGUUUAGCACCUAGGUGUCAUUAUUUACAACAGUUGGAUCUUUCAUGGUGUGGAAAUUAUAGUAUGAUUAAAUAUCAAGAUUUUAUACAUUUUCUUCACACUUCUGGAACCCUUUUGACACAUUUAAGAUUAAACUGUUGUCAGUUUGUAAAUGAUGCCAUUAUAUUUGAAAUUUCGAAAGUGUGUAAGAAUUUAAAAGUUGCAGUUGUAUUAGGAAAAUCUUGUCCAUAUUUAGAAAGUGUAGAUUUUUGGAAAGCACAAACUUUAACUCCACAUGGAGUUACAGCUUUGUCUCGCUGUACUAAUCUUCGAGAAGUGGAUUUUGGUUGGUGUGGUGGAAUGGGUGCUCCUGGUGAUUCCUUACGAACAUUGUUAUCAUCAUGUCGCUACUUGGAAAAAGUAUUUCUAGCAGCGCUUAGGGGAUUAACAGAUCGUGAUUUAGAACCACUUUUAUUAUGUCAACGAUUACAACAAUUGGAUCUAUUAGGAGCUCGUUCCCUUACACCUGAUAUAUGUUAUGGAUUUUUACUAUUUUGCCCAAAGUUGGAAAUGAUUGACCUCAGUUUCUGUGAAGGUAUUAAUGAUUUUAUAGUACAGUUAUGGCGACAGCAAUAUCCACAUGUUUCCAUUAAAAGAAGCUUUCAAGUAUAUAAUUCAAGAGAAGAAGGGGAGAAUACAAGCUCCAAGACUGUAAUGUAA